CGGUGCUCCCUGCCCCGCCUGCUGGGCGAGGACGGGAGCUUUCCCGGUGGUCGCUUUCGCCGGAGGGCCGGGUUGCCUGGGUGGGCUGUCUCUCAGCCGGCCGGUGUGCUGGCUCGUGGAAAAGCAAAGGCAGAUUUACAAGCAAUGAGAAGUACCUCUUGGCUUGCUGUGAACCUGUUCUGCACUUUGAGCUGGUGAUUCUGAAGACGAUCCAGUCAUCAUGGCUCAUGCUACUAUUUGUGUGGGUUUUACUGUUCUUCAAUUACUGAGACGUGCUAGCAGAAUUUUUCCCACUCAUUCUGCAUUGGUGGUGUUGAGGCACUCUGCUUUUUGUUCCUGCACAGCAAAUGGCACAAUAAAAUCAAAAAGGAAAAUGGAUCAUCUAGAGAGGACCGCAAAUAAUUUUCGUCAAGAGGUAAUUUCACAAGCAAAAGUCUGUGGAAUCACUGAUGAGUCGGAAACAGUCAAAAGACUUCGUUUGGCUGUCGCAAAUAAGGAUUUUACUUUCAAAGCAGGACAGUGGGUUGAUUUCUUUAUUCCUGGAAUAUCUGUGGUUGGGGGAUUCUCAAUAUGUUCAAGCCCUGGCCUGUUGGAACGAGAAGGAAUAUUAGAGUUGGCAGUAAAGCACACUGUUCAUCCUCCUGCUCACUGGAUUCAUACUGAGUGUACUCUUGACUCAGAAGUGGCUCUGCGAGUGGGAGGUGAUUUCUUCUUUGAUCCUCAGCCUGGUGACUCCCCUGUAAAACUAGUGCUGAUAGCAGGGGGUGUUGGAAUUAAUCCAUUGUUUUCUAUACUGCUGCAUAUAGCAGAUCUUCAUGGAUACCAAGAGGGUAAAGGAAAUGGAUACAGAAUGGGAACAGUGAAGCUGUACUACAGUGCAAAAAACACAAGUGAACUCUUAUUUAAGAAAAAUAUCCUUGGUUUGAUGAAUGCAUUUCCUGGAAAGAUCACAUGUCAUUUCCACGUCACCCAGCAGAGUUCACAGAUCUGUAAAGAACUUCAGCCAUAUGUUACAGAGGGAAGAAUAUCCGAAAAGGAACUAGAAGAACAUGUAUCUAAGGAUACUUUAUGGUACAUCUGUGGUCCACCUCCAAUGAUAGAAUCUAUAUCCAAACUCCUGUCGAACAUCGGUGUUCCUGGAAACUGUGUGUUCUUUGAGAAAUGGUGGUAGUGACAUCUGCUGAACUGAAAACACGUUUUUUACAGUGUAUGUUGAUAAGCUGAAAUGAACAGAAAUGGACUAUGAAUUAUUUGGAAGAUUUUUACAUCAUACACAAAGAUCGUGAUGGAGUUCCUUUAAUUUAACUAUAAUACACCUGCUGUAAUACAGUGCUGCUGGUUUGGGGGGGGGAAAAAAUGAUUUUAUAUUAAAAACUUUUAACUGUUCUGGUUUUUUGAUGGUUUGCUUGCUACUUACAAAUAGCAGCGUGUUUUCAUUUUAUACACUUGAUUUGUUAGUCAGCUUUAAAAGACUUUCUGUGCCUGAUUCGGCAGUCAGAGAAUUAGUUGUGCAGCAAUGCCAGGGCAGUUUAUAAUAAAUAAUAAGUCGGGACAACUUCUGAAUCUGCUCCAAAUUGUUGUGCUAAUGAAUCGAUCCACUGCCUUCCCCCCAGUUCUAGGUAAUAAAUGAGUAUUUUUAUAGAAGUUAA